GGUCGCUGCUACAACCUGCAUCGUUUGGACGAUAGCGAGAACCCCAUGGACGCAUUGACGCAUUUGACAGCAUGGCUUUCCUACGUGCAAGGGAAGACUGAUCAUAGCUGGAGCGACGGUGACUACGUCUUUCCGGCGCUGUCAAAAGUGGCUAAAAGUGUGCUGAAGUCCGACACUGCAUCCACCGGUUGUGAAAAUGCGCGUGUAAAAUGGGGCAAGAAGAUGUCUGAGCAGGCAUUCAUCACCCUUCUCAACUGCGUUGUGCGAGAUAUGAAUCGAAACGGGAAAUCGACGCGUGGCUACGUCAAGCAGGAGUGGCGUGAUAUCUGGUUCACAUCUCACACGUUUCGUCGAGCUGGGGCGCAAUACAGGUUCCCGUUUGCUGUUCCCGAGCGUGGGUGGUCACUGCGCAUGGUGAAGUGGUGGGCAGGAUGGACCUCAAAUGAGUCGGCCGAGACGUUUGUGCGCUAUCUACUGGACCAAGCGGCUAAUGACGAAGACAAACAAUUAGCGGACUGCUUAGCGCCGGAUCGCGAAGCGCACUCCUACCACGUACUCAGGUCGGAAGCGUAA